UUCUCCUUAAACCCACGCCACUCCCAAUUCUGCAAAACCCUAAUUCGCGGCGAAGAGGAGGAGGGUGGCGAUACAAUGGGUGGUUCUCGGCGGAAGUACAAGAGAUCGAGGGCGAAAGUGCGAGUCGGCUUGCUGAAGAAGAACCCUCACAUAUUCAAGCCGGCGUUCAAUCUUCCUCCGAAAUUGAAGACUCUGUUGGAACCUCUUUCCAAGUGGGAUGAGAAGGGCAGCGUCAUCGAGAAUUACAAGUCCUUUGGCGUCGUCUCCAACCCUAAUUUUCUCGGCGUACGAGCCCGCACCUCUCACAUGGUUGAGAGUGAUACCUUGCAGAUGCCCCCGCCCGACGACGGGCCCGUACCCGAGUUCGAGCCCAUCGACAGCGGCAGCGACCUUGAGGAAGAUGAUUUAAAGUCGGCUUUGGGGAAGAAGCGGGCUGAUGGCCAACACCACUCCCUUCAACCACUUACAGCUAUGCAGCGUGUUCAUGUCCGUCGCCUGGUGGAGAGAUAUGGCGAUGAUUAUGAGAGCAUGUUCAUGGACACCAAAUUAAACAAGAUGCAACACUCUAUAGCAACGCUGAAGAAACUGUGCCAGCGAUAUCAUACGUUCAAAGAUAAAAACCCGAUGCUAGUGGGCACUUAACAGGUUCAACAACAAUUUUGCUCUGCCUGGUAGUAACAGAUCUUAAGCCUAUCAAAUCAAAUUCUCAGGUGCUUAUUCUAGUUAGGGACCUGUGAUCUUGGAUUUACCAAUUGUUACUUUCUUGUCAAGAAUUUUACUUUGAAAGGUAUAUGGCACUUUUGAAGUUA